AUGCUUAUUGAUCUUAAUGAGGAGGUUUAUAUGCAAAUUCCUCCUGGCUUACAAACCUCUCACCCUAACCUUGUUUUUAAACUUCACAAGUCUCUGUAUGGCUUAAAGCAGGCAAGUCGCCAGUGCUUCACAGUACUUUUGAUAUAUGUUGAUGAUAUAGUAAUUUUGGGAGAUUGUCUUGAAGAGAUUAACCGAGUGAAAUCUUAUCUUGAUAAUAGAUUCAAGAUAAAGGAUUCGGGAAACCUAAGGUACUUCUUAGGCUUGGAGGUAGCUAGAUCCAAGUCAGGAAUCAUUGUUAAUCAACGAAAAUACACCCUUGAGCUUAUCUCAGAUGCUAGGCUAUUGGAUGCAAAGUCAGUAUCUACCCUAAUGGAUUCAUUGUGCAAAUUAUCUUGUACGCAAGGAACCAUUCUGAAUAAUGCAGCUACAUAUAGACGCUUAAUUGGUCGUUUACUUUAUUUGACCACAACGCGUCCUAACAUAUCUUUUACAGUCCAGCAAUUAUCGCAGUUUGUUUCGUGCCCUUCUGAUAUUCAUAUGGCAGCUGCAGUUCGGGUUUUGAAAUAUUUAAAAGGAAGCCCAACAACUGGGUUGUUCUUUUCAGCAAAUACCAACCUCCAUGUAAGUGGGUUUGCAGAUGUAGACUGGGCAUGUUGCCCAGAUACGAGAAAGUCAAUCUCAGGGUAUUGUGCUUUCAUUGGAUCAUCCCUAGUGGCAUGGAAAGCCAAGAAACAGAGCACCAUUUCGCGUUCUUCCUCAGAAGCUGAGUACCGAGCCUUGGCAAGCCUUUCAUGUGAGUUACAGUGGUUGCAAUACUUAUUCACAGAUUUGCGUAUUCCCUGGAACAAACCAGUGUUAGUCUUUUGUGAUAAUAGAUCAGCAAUUUAUCUUGCUCACAAUCCAGCAUUUCAUGAGCGUUCUAAGCAUAUCGAAAUCGAUUUCCAUGUAAAGCGUGAGAAGAUACUUUCUAGCUUGAUCAGGUUACUUCCAUCUUAUCAACAUUAUGCGUCCAUCUUGUGGGGGGUGUUACAAAAGAAGGAAGAAGAAGGAAAUGAUGUGGUUGUAGUAUCUGAUAAAGUUGACAAGCAAAGUGAAGUUGCUAACGUGGAUAGAAAGGGUGCAGUUGCUGACGUGUAUUAA